AUGGAGAAGCAAUCGCUAAAUUUUGUUGGUGAUGAUGAAGUGAUAGUUCGUAAGUCUACACAAUAUCAUCCAAGUGUUUGGGGUGAUUUUUUCAUCCGAAGCUCUUUUCAUUCACAAACACAGGAGUCCUUUCAAAGGAUGAUAAAUAAAGUGGAAGAAUUAAAGAUGAAAGUAAAGACAAUGUUAAAGGACACUAGUGAUAUACUGCAACUUAUGAACUUGAUUGAUUCAAUUCAACUUCUUAGACUGGACUAUCAUUUUGAGGAUGAAAUAGAUGGCGCAUUGAGAUUGAUCUUUGAGGUUGAUGAUAACAACUAUGGGCUCUAUGAAACUUCUCUUAGAUUUCGAUUGCUUAGGCAGCAUGGCUAUAAUGUUUCCGCAGAUACUUUUAACAAGUUCAAAGAUAACAAUGGAAGCUUUUUAUCUACCUUGAAUGGAGAUGCAAAGGGACUACUAAGCUUAUAUAAUGCGUCUUAUCUUGCAACACAUGGAGAGACUGUACUUGAUGAAGCCAAUUAUUUUUCCAAGUCUCAACUAUUAUCUUUAUUUUGUGAACUUGAACAACCUUUAAAGACACAAGUAUCUCUUUUCCUUGAGGUACCACUAUGUCGAAGAAUUACAAGCCUCUUGGCGAGAAUAUAUAUGCCUAUUUAUCAAAAGGAUGAAACGCGAGAUGAAGUCAUAUUAGAACUUGCAAAGUUGGAUUUCAAUAUACUGCAAUCUCUUUAUCAAGAGGAACUGAAGAAAGUUUCAAUAUGGUGGAAUGAUUUAGCGCUUGCCAAAUCAUUAAAGUUUGCUCGUGAUCGAAUUGUGGAAGGUUAUUAUUGGGUUCUUGCUUUAUAUUACGAGCCUCAAUAUUCUCGUGCUCGAGUUAUGUGCACCAAAUCAUUUUGUCUUCUAUCAGUUAUGGAUGAUAUCUAUGAUAACUAUAGCACAUUGGAAGAGCGCAAACUAUUGACGGAAGCGAUCAAGAGGUGGAAUAUCCAAGCUGUUGAUUCUUUACCAGAAUACAUAAAGGAUUUUUAUCUCAAGCUAUUAAAGACUUUGGAAGAAUUUGAAGCAGAGUUGGAACUUAAUGAAAAGUAUCGUGUGCAAUACCUUAAAAAUGAUUUUAAAGCGGUAGCCAUAGCAUAUUUUGAAGAAUCUAAGUGGGGCGUGGAUCGAUAUGUGCCAUCACUUGAUGAACACUUGCGUGUUUCAUUGAUCUCCUCAGCCUGUUCUUUAGUCAUUUGUUCCAUGUAUUUGGGCAUGGGAGAGGUGGUAACAAAAGAGGUAUUUGAGUGGUAUUCUAGUUUUCCCAAGCUUGUAGAAGCUUGCUCUGUAAUUGGUAGACUCCUCAAUGAUAUAAGAUCAGAUGAGAGGGAGCAAGAGAGAGACCAUGUUGCCUCUACAGUGGAAUGUUAUAUGAAAGAUCAUGGCACAGAUGUAAAAGUUGCAUGCAAGAAGCUACGAGAGAUAGUGGAGAAAGCAUGGAAGGAUCUAAAUAAGGAACGUCUCAAUCCAACACCAGUAGCUCGACCUAUAAUUGAAAGAAUACUCAACUUUUCCAUAUCAACGGAAGACAUAUAUAGGUACACCGAUGAGUACACCCAUUCUGAUAAUAAAAUGAAAGAUAAUAUCUCUUUGGUGCUGGUUGAACCAGUUGUUAUAUAAGAGUGUGGCAUCUUCAAUAAAUAAUAGUGGGAAGAGCAUGUUGAAAAUCAUUAGAGGCAACCAUUACAAUAUAAUGAGGAUGCUCAAUACCCUAUCAAUGUUUGAAUAAUGUAAACUCAUAUUUGGAUGUUUUUUGGAAAAGUUGUAAUUGAUAUGUAGUGAUAUCUUAUGCAACUUUCUUAAUAAAAUUUGUACUUUUGC